CACGUGAUUAUUUAACCUAUCCCACACUUGACAGGUCGUGUCCCCAUACUUUGAAGGCCACCUGUAGCUGAGACUGGUAGUCUUGUCGUGUGCCAUUGGUACAUAUUUCGGGGGAAUGUCUGCCCAUGUGAGUUUGAGGGAUAGCAGUUCAUCGGAGGAGGACAGCCGACCGGAGCUAGAGAGGACGAUGGAUGGCCUCAAAACUCAAGUGACAAGACACCAUCAUCCCUUCAGUGUGGAGGCUAUAAUGUCAAGUAGAAAGAUUCACAGUGAGUUUACAAGCAAACCCGACAAUGUCUCUGUGGUUACAUUUUCAAAGACGCAGAACUCUCCGUACCUGUGCAGAGAGAGCUACAGCCCUCCCGCGGGAAUCCGAAAGCACUUUAUCCCACUGUCGCCUGUAAAGUCAGAGUCCUCCGAGCCGGAUGAUUGCGCUCCCUGGGUUAUGAGCCCAAGAUUCUCUGCACAAACGCGGCAGGUAAGUCCUACCUGUCCGCUGCGGAAGCACAAGACCAACAGAAAGCCUCGUACUCCCUUCACCACCUCCCAGCUGCUGUCUCUGGAGCGUAAGUUCCGUCAGAAGCAGUACCUGUCUAUUGCUGAGCGGGCCGAGUUCUCCAGCUUUCUGACCUUGACUGAGACCCAGGUCAAGAUUUGGUUCCAGAACCGCCGGGCUAAGGCCAAGAGACUACAGGAGGCCGAGCUGGAGAAGCUCAAAAUGGCUGCCAAACCCGCGCUGCACCCGGGCUUUACGUUACCAUUGCCCCUGGGAGCACAGCUCCACACAGCUGUCUCCCUCUACGGACAGUCCUACCCCUACCACCGUCCCAUGCUGCCCCUCUCACCUAUGGGGUUGUACGCUACACCUCUGGGAUACAGCAUGUAUCAUCUAUCAGGAUGAUGGAAUAUACUUCUCUGCUCGCUGGACUAUUCUGUUCAUAUUAGUCUUUGACACGUGGACAUAACUCUUUUUUAAAAUACUAUCUUUUUCUCCUUGCUAUGAAACAACACUGAAAUUUAGUUUUUUUUUUUACACCUGAAGAUACAGCACCUCAAUCACGAAUUAAUUGUUUUCUGGUGUCUUGUUUUUCUUCUGCUGAUUUGGAUAUCAAGGCCAAAUUAACUAGUGGUUCUGUUUUACUUGAUGUAAUAUAUUCCAAUGCAAAUGUUUAUCCAAUUGCCUCUGAUAUUGACAACAUGUAGUUCAAUUACUUCCAUUCCACUUGUCAUCUAGCUAGCAUAGAAGAUUCAACUAAGGCCCAUAAUUCUGUUCGGUCCCGGGUGGAUCCAAACUUCAGGACUGUCUCAUUUUUACCUCUACUUGAUGACAGACAAGUUUGAUUUCCGACUGCUUUCAUCCCAUACCGAAGUCUAAUAAAUUAGUUGUGGGAACUGUUGUCUUUUUUUUUCAUAAACUCAACUAAUUCAAAUGUGUUGCUAUUUUUACGUUAGAUUUGACUGUAGCAACACAUUCUAUUCACCACUUCUGUUCUGUCAGGCAUUUGUAGUCUUCGAUUCAUUUGUGUAUACUUAUUUAUUUUGCUUUCACUCUAAACUUUUAAUGCUGGAAAUGAAUUGAUUGAGUGAUUCAUGUUUCGUAUUUAUAACAUGUAGCUCAAAUGUGGCAAAAGUUUAUACUUUUUAAUCUUUCAUUUAAAUGUUCCUUUGGAAGGAGCUAUACUAUGCAGUUUUAUAAAUAUUUUUAAUAUUUCAUCUAAAUGUUCCUUUGGAAGGAGCUAUUCUAUGCAGUUUUAUAAAUACUCUUUAAUUUGGUUAUGUAUGUCAUUCACAAAGAUCAAAUUAAAAACGUUUAAAACAUAUGUUUUCUUCUUGAGAUAUUAUGUAAGUCGGAAUAUGUUGUUACGUAUCUACGGCUGUGCUAUCUAAGCCUUUGAAAUUGAACAUGACCUACAUUUUCCACAGACACAGCUGAUGUGUGGUAUGGUAACAUGGUUGAUAAUGUUUAUGUCAAUAUUUGACAACCCUCAACUGUAAGCACAUAAAAGUCCAGAUAUUAUAAAACUGUUGUAAACCAUAUCAGUGAAUGUCAUUUUAAAACAAUGUUUCAUUAUGUUGUCAUGGAUUCUGCAGUGUUAUGCUUCCAGUACGUAAUAUAAUGAUUUAAUUUCAUGUCAAAUUGUGUUAAUGUCAAUUGAAAUCGAGAAAUGCAGAGCCCCAAACCAUAGCAUCUAAACUAUAGCACCUUCCCUCAUCUCAGCCCUUCACAUUCUGAAAGCAGUAACUUCAGCAAGAAUCUGUAGAGCUGUACCUGUGUCUCAAACACUGUCGUGCGUCAUACCUUUGGGUUAUUUCAAUUGCAAAAGUUGUUAAGCUACUAAGAUUUAAACAUGCCAGGUUUUAAGAUGGCAGUAGUAUUAUUUCCCGAGCAGCAUUCUUGGGACUAAUUGACCUUAAUGCUAUUGUUGUUGUUUUUUCUGUCAACUGUGUCCGGCUUCUACAACACUUCUGCUUGUGUGAAACACCAUUGGUUUGGAACGCCAGAUUGGGCAUGUUUUAUGGUCCUCCUUCCGUCCUUGUUAUAUCAUUCAUCAGGGCCCUAACCCUAUAAAGUUAGCUGCAUUUGUGGCAAUUGUAAGAGCUGCUUACAACUUCCGUGUGACUUUGAUGUAAUGAGGAAAUCAUUUAUAGGCAGCAGUCUAUUUAUGAGCUUCCCUUUAAUCAAAACAAGGCAGCGAGGCAAGCCCUCGGCGCAGUCAAGCAAUCAGCUUAAUGAACAGCAGAUUGGCAGAGAUGUUCGAGGAUCUGUUUGGAAAUGUCAGGUUGAGGCUAUAUUACUUGAGGGAGAAGUUCUUUAUCUACUGAAACAAUGUUCUAUAUUUGUGCUAAAUAAAUGGUUUCACCAUUAUUGUGA